UGUUGAUAAGCUAGGUAGGUAGGUAGAUAGAUAGGUACUUACAGGUAGGUAGGUACUUACUUAAUCUCUGAUCUUACUGGCAGUAAGUUGUUUGAGCAUUCCCUCAAAAGCAGAUGCCUGUGUGUACUAACAAUCUGAUCUGUGAAGCAGAGCUCCAUAAGUGGCCUUACCUCAAAGGCAUCAAAAUCCCUCGAAUAACUGCCAAAGUGGACCUGUAAUUGGUACCAACGCCUCCAAGCUAAUGGAACCAUGGGAGGAGAUUAACAGCCACGGAGACAGACCCAAUACAGUCAGAACCCUUUUGGGGUUGGAGGAACGGCUUAUCAACCGGAGCAUUGGCGGAACACAUUCAGCCCAAAGUCCUGUGAGUGGGCUCAAGGCUUCCACAUUGAAAAUGAGGAACAAGAAAAAGCUUUGCAGUUGCAGAAAAAAAUAUGCUUUGGAGAAGGAGAGGCAGGAGAGAAGAACUUUGGCCAAAGAGCAGGAAGAGCGAGAGCAAGCUCUGGUCAGACAAAGAGCUCUAGAGCUGGAAAGGCAAAGAGCCUUGGAGCAAGCACUUUUCCAGCAGCAACAAGAGAAGAAAGAGAGAGAAAUGGAAAAAGCAAGACUAAAGGCUUUGGAACGGGAAGGAGAAAAGGCUGUUGAGAAAGAAAGGUUAGAAAGAGAAAAAGUUUGGAAGCAGAAAGAAAAAAAAAAAGGAUCCGUACAGCAGGAGAAGAUAGCGGCAGAGUCAAUAUAUCGCUGACCUUUUUUGGAAAAGGUAAAUUGAUGAGUGGACAAAUGAAAAAAGAUGUUUCAGACCAGGAGAUAUCGUUGCAGUUGUGGAUGCUUCGGCACCAAGAAGAAGUUGGAUCCUUGGAAGAAUACGGGAAACUUUUCUUGAUAGAGCAAGAAAAGUUUGUUUGUAAACCAAAUCGAGCAUAAUCGAAAUACCUGUAACAAAGAUAUGACCGCUAUGAGAAGGUAUGGAGGACAAUAACUG